UCCCCACUUGCCCGAGGGAUGGGCUCGGCUCCAGUGCCCCCUCCUUGCAGCAUCUGUUCUCAGCCUCUCCGGGGUGUAGCACCCUCCCCAAAAGCCAGGAUUUGGGGCACAGCCACUCGUCCCAGUGUGGGGAUCCUGUGGGAUGCUCCGGUCCCGUCACUGGGAUGGAGCUGAGCUGGCCGCAGCGGAGCGGCACCGGGGGCACCCCAGCCCUGGAUGUGGAGCCCAGCACUUAUCGGGGUGCGGGCAGGAGCCCCUGGCAGCUGGUGAUAAGAUCCCCGAGGAGGGGCCAGCCUGUCCCCUGCUCCAGCCCCGUCCCUGCAGACCGAGGUGCAUCCCUGUGCCGUGUGCCCAGGAAGCGGCGAGGAGCCGGAUCCUGGCUCUGGGGCCGUCGGGACCCUCCAGCCCCUGCGGAGAGGAAUCGCUCAGAAAGCUAGCGUGCAAGAGGAAUGGAAGAGAACACUGCCGAAGACGUGGAUCACCCACCAACUGAUGCCGGCAUGGGGGUAGAUGUUUUGGAAUCGGGUGACACCACACCUCCUACAAAGAGGAAAAGCAAGUUCUCAAGCUUUGGCAAGAUCUUCAAACCGUGGAAGUGGAGGAAAAAGAAAAGCAGUGACAAAUUUAAGGAGACUUCAGAAGUUUUAGAACGAAAGAUUUCUAUGCGAAAGCCAAGAGAGGAGCUGGUAAAAAGAGGGGUUCUGUUGGAAGACCCUGAGCAGGAUGGUGAAGAACCAGACAAGCUGAACCCACCUGCACUGAAGAAUGGCCACACAGUCCCAAUUGAUGGUCCUGGGGUUUGUAACCUGGCCGGCCAGGAAGAAGAGGCCACAAAGCCAUCCAGCCUUAGGAAGCCUGUUCCAGCUGAGGAACCAAAGAAAAGGCAGGGCUCAUCCAGCAGCCACUCAGGGCCCGAACUGGAACCACCUCAGGAGUCGUAUGUUCCCAGGCAACCUCUGCUUCCUCCAAAAAGACCUCCUUCCACUUCCCAGGAAGCAAAUGAAGCACAGGCAAAGGAUCCAACACCUACCAGCAGCGCUGCAAAAACUGCACCUUCCACCACAGCCCCUGUUGCGGCAAAGACAGUCAAUCCCACAGCUGCCCCUUCCCCAGCCCCCAGAACUCUGCCCCCGGCUCUUGUCGGUGCCAACACUACUGCUCCCACGAGUACAGCCAGCACAGCUCCUGCCAAACAGCCUCCCGUCCCUCCUCCCAAACCCAUCAACAGAAAUAGCAACUCAGUAAUAGCUGAACUUUCUCAAGCAAUGAACAGUGGUACAGGCUUGUCCAAGCCUUCCCCUCCUCUCCCACCGAAGAGAGGCUUCCUGCCUAACAACACAUCGGAGGCAGCUAUCAUUUCCAAGCCCCCGAAUGACAGGACAGUGACAGCUAACCGCCCCGCACCGAUACCGAUGCACAUGGCCUCUGCUUACCCGCCGCCCUCGCCUUCGCCGCCACUGCCUACGCACAUACCCCCUGAACCUCCACGCAUGCCCUUGCCUGCCUCCACCCCUGUCUUGGACCCUCCACGAUCCCUGGACCUACCCAAAGAGACUCUUCCUCCUCCUCCUCCUCUUCCUCCUCCUGAAGACUUCAGGUCCUUGGAAGUGUCGAAGAGGACGGCAGAACAAGGGUUUGGCGAACCUCAUGUGCUGCCUCGUCUGCCCCAGAUCCCAUUGCACAUCCGUAUCCAGCAGGCUCUGGCCAGUCCUCUGCCUGUCACCCCUCCUGCCGACGGGUCGCACAGGGCUCACUCGCUGCUCUUCGAGAACGAUGGCUUUGGAGAAGACAACGGCAGCCUGGGCAGGACGAGGUCCCUGCCUGUCACCAUCGAGAUGCUGAAAGUUCCAGACGAUGAGGAAGAGGAAGAUGAUGACCGGGAAGAGGACCAGAAUUCAGGCCCUCGUGUGUACAUUGGAGAUGUGCCAUCUGUCACAGUGAUCCCAAAACUGGUACCCCAGGUCCUGCCAGAGGAGCAGGAAGGAGAUGAAGGGAUGAGCGACUCUGACUCGGAGGGACCCAUCCUGUACAAAGAUGAUGAGGAUGAGGAAGAAGAUGAAAGCCAUAACAGCACGCUGGCUAACAAAGUGAAGAGGAAAGACACGCUAGCUAUAAAGCUGGGGAACACAACCACACCGCAGGAGGAGAAAAUAGUCUUCCCGCGGAAGAGCAAGGAGGAGUGGAAUGAAAUUCGGCAGCAGAUUGGGACGACGCUGAUCAGGCGACUGAGUCAGAGACCGACAGCGGAAGAACUGGAGCAGAGGAACAUACUUCAACCGAAAAAUGAAGCUGACCGUCAAGCUGAGAAGCGAGAGAUCAAGCGCAGGCUCACCAGAAAGCUUAGCCAAAGGCCGACAGUGGCAGAGCUGCAGGCCAGGAAGAUCCUGAGGUUUAACGAAUACGUGGAAGUAACGGAUGCUCAAGACUAUGACCGGCGAGCAGAUAAGCCGUGGACAAAACUAACACCAGCUGAUAAGGCUGCCAUCCGGAAGGAGCUGAAUGAGUUUAAGAGCUGUGAAAUGGAAGUGCACGAGGACAGCAAGCAGUUCACGAGGUACCAUCGACCGUAAUCUUCCCAGAAGGGAGCAAGAGACCUGAGAGGACUGGAAGUUCUCUGCGUCCCUCUCCUAGGCAAUACGGCGAGGGUGGAACCUUGGCUCUUCCAAGAUUUGCCUUCAAAACAUAUCCAGAAAAGGGCUUUCGGCCAGGGAAGGGGAAUCCUGUCUGAAUGUAGCAUUUCACUGGAAGAAACGCGUCUCGAGUGCCAUCAGGCUGGAACUGAACACUAUACCUCGCGCGGCUCAGCAAUACGCCUCUGCUCCGGCGCCAGCAUCCCUGCCAGGAGCCCGUGCACGUGUGAACAAACGGUUCGUUCCCCAGCUCCCUUUCUCAGCCUGGACAGACCCAGUUCUCAGCUCUACGUACUCCUUUUGGGGGUGCAAGUCCUUAGUUUCCUCCUCUUUACCAAGAGGUGGUGGGGCAGAACCCCAAAACCUGGCAGCUCUGAUGUUGGAAAACUGAGGAAUGGAGAGUGGAUGUGCUAGGAAGCACGUGUGUAUAUUAGCUGUGUACAGAGAACCCUGUGCAGAUGCUGACCCGGCAGACAACUGACGUGUUGACUUGUCAUUUUUUUGGUUUUGCUUUUGUCUCUGUCAUGUCCUUAAUGUCCUGAAUCACUACUGACCAACGGUUUGUUGUCCUGGAAGGGAAUUGUGUAGAUAUUAACAUAUGCUGCAUCUUUUUUGUAAAAAACAAAAAAAACCCAAGAUAAACAAAAACCACAACUUAAAUGUAUAAAACAUUCCCUCCCCACUCUCUCACACUUGCUGUGAUGUUAACAGAUCUUGUCUUGAGAUAUCUAGGCUUGUUUAACAAAUUACAGAACCAGGAAAUGACUGUUGCCUUUUAAAAACUUUUUAAUUUGGGGAAGCUGUGACAGUAGUCAAUUCUUUUUAUUGCGGCUUCCCCUCAGAUGUUUUUUUACUCUCCCAAAUCAGGGUGAAACUUGCCUUUUCUCAUUUUUACAGCUAAACCUACUGGAAACUUGGUAAUUUCACUGUGUGGUUGGAAGGGAGGGGGAAGAAGAGGUUUAAAAAGUGACCUUAAGAGAUUAUUUCUCCUGAGAACGAUCUCACAUUGGUUCUUCCUAAAUGUGGGGGUGGGUUUUAAAAAAAAAAAAAAAAAUCUGGUAUUGGCCACUGCUGUAUCAUGCACAGAACUAUGCCACUUAAGGUGAAGAAGGGUGUGGGAAGGGAGAGGAGGGCUUGCCUUGUUCACAGACCGUUGCUGCCCGGGGUGGGCCUGGCUGUGCUGCCCGUCCUGCGCGCUGUGCCAAGGCCUGGGCCUGCCCCGGGGAGGCGGCGGGGGCUCUUCCCUCACAGCUCCCCCCUGUACAGUAACGCCUGUAGACUAAAUCAUUUGCAUUGUAUAUCAGUCUCCUCAUCAACAGAUUUUAAUUAUUGAAUAAAAGUAUUUUAGGAAUUUUUUUUAAAAAAA